UGGGUCUUUCGCCUGUUCAAGGUCCACUGCCGGUCAAGUUCCCGCUUCCAGAUCCCAGAAACCCCUUGUCUCUCAAGCCGGGAUCUCUCAAUUUCGACUCUUCAAAGUCUGCCCUGGUCAAGACUGAGAGUGUUUCUGCAGCGAUAGCCGGGGCUAGAGCUGCCGCGACUCAGUAUUCGAGGAAGGGUAGUACUGCUGCCACUAGCAGUGAGAUUCAAACUCGAGGGAAAUCGAGGGAGAAUCAUGCCGAUGGCAGUUCAGGGAGUGGGGCUCUGCCGUCUGUUGUCCAGAACAGUCAAUCGCAUCUGCAAAACCAGGAUCCAUCGCCUGUUGUCCACAACAGUCCAUUGCAUUUGGUAAUCCAGAAUCCAUCGCCUGUUGUCCAGAACAGUCCAUCAUACUCGCAAACUCGGAAUCCUCAGUAUAUUGCUCAGAGCAGUCCAUCCUACUCGCAAACUCGGAAUUCUCAGUAUAUGGUUCAGAGCAGUCCAUCCUAUUCGCCAACUCAGAAUCCUCGGUAUAUGGCUCAGAGCAGUCCAUCCUAUUCGCGGAACCAGAGUCAAUCGUCCAAUAUCCAGAGCACUCCAUUCUAUUUCCAUGACCAGAAUCAAUCGUCCAAUGUCCACAGCAAUCCAUCCCAUUUCCAUUAUCAGAAUCAAUCUUCCACUGUCCACAACAGUCCAUCCUAUUCUCAUAAUCAGAACCCAUCGCCCAAUGUCCAGAACGGUCCAUCGUACUCGCAAAACCAUAACCCUUCUCCUGUUGCCCAGAACAGUCCAUUGUUUUUGCAACACCAGAACGCCGAGCCUCGGAGAAGUCCCAGACUACAGGGUGGAGCUCCCCACAGGCUCGUUGCAGCAGCGCUGAGAGACUUGAAGCAGUCAAGCUUGCGCGAGAGCGGGGAGCAAUCAUCAGCUCCCAGAAGCUGGCCUGAAUAAUUUGGGAACCAUCGUCAUCUGCCUGCUUCUGUGCGACGAUACCAGCUCCUUAAUUGUGUAGAGUACAAUGUAGCAUUUGCUCAUACGUUUCUGACUGAUGAUAGCAUAGCAUGAUAGUGUGGCUGUGAUAGUGCUGGCACGAUGUAUCGGGCGCAGCGCCAUGCCGUGCCCUGCGAGGUUUCCCUGCCGUUGCAGGGUAUGCGUGUAUCUUGUCAUCAUGUAACAUACAAACUUAGGUUUGGUUUGAAAUACUCCAGUGCUUAGACUAGUUGGUGGUUGGAUGUGUAUCUCAUACAUUGACAGUUAUGGGACGAUCUACCAUUGUGACGUUUGGGCCCAAAGUGCAUGGGAAUGUGAAGCAGUAAUAUUGUGCUGCACAUUAUAUAUGGGUGUGUUUGUUUCA